UUUGUUUGAUCAAUAACUCAAAAAUUUAAAUUCACACAAAACAAACUCAAUUCCAAAUUAUAUAUUCGGGCACUAUGCUACUAUAUUGUUGCAGUACACCCAACUUUUAGGCCCAAUCUUUUUUUUGGAAACAUUUUUAACUACACUUUUGGCUAGAGCAUGGCCAAGAAGGGCGGAGUGCAACAACUGCAGGCGGAUCUGCAGAAUGAUGAGGACUUUGAGAAAUUCCUGGAGCGUCCCGGCCUUUUGGUUCUGGACGUAUAUUCGGAGUGGUGUGGCCCCUGUCUGGGCAUGGUGGGCGGCCUGCGUAAAAUCAAACUGGAAAGUGGUGGCGACAAUCUGCACUUGGCCAUUUGCAAAUCGGAUACCAUAACAGCCCUGAAGCGUUUCAACAAGAAGAGCGAACCCACCUGGCUAUUUGUGACGGGUGGCAAGGCAGUGAACAUUAUGUUCGGCACGGAUGUGCCCAAGCUGAUUGCCCUGCUCAACAAGGAGCUGGAGAAGACAAUGCAAAAGGCGGCUCGGACCAUCUCGUAUGCGGUCGAUGAGCUGCAGCCCAUCGAGGUGGAGCAAUUGCGCGUCAAAACCGAGUCCACGGAGCGUGUGGAGCGCAUUGAGCGCGAGGCCAAGCAGAAGAAGCAAAUGGAUUAUCUCACCUAUGUGACGGAUGCCAUUAUCGAGAAUAUACCGGACAUUGGUGUCACCGUGUUUGGGCCGCAGGUCAACCGGGAUAUGUUCAAGAAGCUGCAGGAGCCCGCCGAGCCACUCAAGAUGCAGUGCAAGGACCGAAAGGUCAUCCAGGUGACGGCCGAACAAUUUGAUAUUGUGAAUUUUGCGUGCAAGAAUCCGCUGCCGGCCGAUGUCAUCGAGCAGCUGGAUGGCAAGGAGCUGCUGAUGUGCUUCUGGAAGAUCGAUGAGGGUGUCGGCACGGUGCCCAAUGUCCUCACAGCCUAUGCCCACGAGCUGACCAAGGAGCGGGUGGCGCCACCCAAUGAAGAAUUCGAUGAGGAGCAUGUCAUUCCGCCCAUUAUAGCGCCCAUGAAAAUCAAGAUCGAGGUGGAGCUUGAAGAGGGCGAAGAAUGGGUCGAGGAGAUCAGCUCCGAGGAGGAGGCGAAGAAGGCCAAACAUCCAAAGAUCAAGUCCAUCAUCAAUGUGCAGGAGGAGGCACCCGCAGCCGAUGACGACAACGGGGAGCUGGAUGGCGAAGAGGAGGGCAGCGAGGAGGAUGAGCCGAUACCCGAGCUGGAUGUCAGGCAGUCAAUGGCCAAUCUUGGCAUCGAUUUGGACUUGGAUCUCGACGAUCUGGGCGAAGAGGAGGAGGAGGCGGUCGAGGAGGUGAUUGUCAAGCCAAGGACUCGCACCAGAACGGUGAAAAUGCCACCGAUUUGGGUGCCCAACAACAGGCGGACGCAUGCCGCCCUCGUUUACAUGUACUUCCGAAGCCAAACGACCGGCUUCCUGCCGCCGGAUCCCAAGCCGGAGCCGCCACACGUCAUCAUGGCCUUUGAUGCCUUCAAGCGGCGGGAGAUUAUGAAUGUUGUCGAGCGCCACAAGUCGGAGGUGCCGUCCUAUGGCUUCUUCACCACCGACGAUCCGGAUGAUACCACACUGCUGGCCAGCUCCACAGAUCGUUACAAUAACAGCGGCGAACAGUCUCCGAGCGACAAAAUCGUACUGAAGGUCUCCAAGGUGCAGUCGAAUAUGAUGCUCUCGCUGGUUGCGUAUGGACCCAGCUAUGUCAGUCCCAAUGUCAUUGCCGGCCGGGAGGAGGCACUCAAGUUCUUCCCGGAGGACUACAAGCAACAGGCGGAGGCGCCCGAGAAAGAAGAGGACGACAAGAAGAAGAAAAAGAAGGGCAAAAAGACUGAAGAUAUUCGAGCGUCGCAUGAUGUCCCAGAACCACCUCCAGAGAAAGAGGAGGCAGCGGCACCGCCACCACAGGCAGAAGCACCACCAGCCGAAGCUGAAGGUGAAGCUCCACCAGGCGAAGCCCCAGCUCCAGCCGAGGGCGAGGGCGAGACGGCGGCUCCAGCUGCACCAGCAGCCGAGGGAGAGGCUGCGCCAGCAGAGGGCGAGGCUGCUGCUGCACCGGCGGAAGGAGCAGCACCAGCUGAAGCGGCAGCACCACCUGAAGGUGAAGCACCAGCUGAAGGUGCUCCAGCUCCUGCUCCGGCAGAGGAAGCACCACCACCACCACCAGCGGCUGAAGCGGCCCCACAGGCGCCCACGGAAGAAGCAGCACCGGCCCCGGCCGCAGAGGCGCCACCAGAGGCAGCACCGGAGGCCGCACCCGAGCCAGCUCCAGCUCCUGAGGCGCCUGCAGAAGUUGCAGCAGCUGAAUAACAAAUGUUUAUUCAACUUAAAUUCUCCGUAUUAAAAUUAACUGCUAAAAGUGA